GAGAUUACAUUGGCUGAUUUAGAGGGAGAGAUGAGGCAUGUGAAGUCUCGACUGUACCACAUGACAAAACUACAAAUAUUCUCCUUGGGCAAAAGAUCUGGAAAGAAGCUCUAUGUGACCAAUGGUGAAAAAAUGCCUUUUUCCAAGGUGAAGGCUCUGUGCAAUGAGCUCCAGGCCACUGUGGCAACCCCCAAGAGUGCUGAGGAGAACGAGGCCAUCCAGCAUGUGGCUGAGGACACUGCCUUCCUGGGCAUCACAGAUGAAGUGACUGAAGGCCAGUUUGUGUAUAUGACAGGAGGGGGACUGACCUACAGCAACUGGAAGAAAGAUGAGCCAAAUAACUAUGGCUCAGGGGAGGAUUGUGUGGCCCUUCGAACAGACAGACUGUGGAAUGAUGUCUUCUGCUCUUCCUCCUACCUAGCUGUCUGUGAAUUCCCAGCCUGAAAAGGCAUUCCUCAACCCAUCCUUGGCUCUCUGCAGAGCUCUCUGCUGCUCUACAAGAAAAUUCAGUGAUGGUUUUCUCAUGCCCAGUGUUGAUUCAUCCCUUCGUGGGGUUGGAAGGAAAAGGAAGUGAUGUAUUUGAUUGUGGGAUGAGGAAGUGAAAAGUG